AUGCCGUUGCCCUUCAAAGGUUCAGAUCCCGUCAUGCCAAACAACAAAGCUGCUGUUAUGAAUCGAUUGAAUCAGAUAAAGGCCAAGUUCAAAGCCAACCCACAGUACAAAGAACAUUACGUUGAGUUCAUGAGAAAAAUAAUCGAUGAUGGUGAUGCAGAACGUGUUAGCCCGGUCGAUGUAAGAAGUGACCGUGGUCGUGUAUGGUACCUCCCACAUUUUGCCGUGUAUCAUCCGAAGAAGCCUACAAAAGUUCGAGUUGUCUUCGAUUGCAGUGCCAAAUAUUCAGGCCAAUCUCUCAACGAUCAUCUGCUGCAAGGACCAGACAUGGUAAACUCGCUGAUGGGUGUUUUAUGUCGCUUUCGCCAAGAACAAGUUGCCGUAACAUGUGAUGUUGAGCGCAUGUUCCACCAAUUUAAAGUGAAUGAAGAACACAGGAAUUACCUACGAUUCCUGUGGUGGCCAAACGGAGAUGUUGACAGCGAACCUGCAGAAUAUAGGAUGAAUGUUCAUCUUUUUGGAGCCAGGUCUUCUCCAGGAUGCUGCUCAUUUGGACUGAAGAGAAUAGCUCAAGACAACGAGCAGGAACUAGGCACCGAGGCGGCAGAUUUCAUCAGGCAUAAUUUUUAUGUAGACGACGGUUUAAAAUCGAUCACCACAGAUGAACAGGGUAUAACUUUGGUACAGUCAUCACAGGCCAUGUGUGCAAACGGAGGCCUACGUUUGCACAAAAUCGCAUCAAACUCUUCCCAAGUAUUACGAAGUGUACCGGAAAACGAUCGAUCGCAGAAGGACAGUGAAUUACCCGUGAGCAUUAAUGGCACUGGAUAUCCGAUAGAACGAGCGCUAGGGGUAUACUGGUGUAUUGAAGCGGACACGUUUGAAUUCAGAAUAACCCUCAAAGACAAUCCACUGACUCGCCGUGGUGUACUGUCCACGAUUGGUUCAAUAUACGACCCCCUGGGGAUAGCAGCACCCGUUCUCCUCGUAGGAAAGCAAAUUCUACAAGAUCUUUGUCGAGAAAACGCAGAUUGGGAUACCCCCCUAGAAGAAGGUUUAAGGACCAGGUGGGAGUGUUGGAGGGAUGAGUUGCCCAUGUUGGAGAAGAUAGCCGUCUCUAGGUGCCACAAGCCCAAGAACUUUGGUGAGGUGAAGUGCAUCGAGUUACAUCAUUUGUCGGAUGCAAGUUCCACAGGCUACGGACAGUGCUCGUACGUCAGAAUGGUGAAUGCGAGAGAUGAAGUUCAUUGUAGUUUCGUGAUGGGAAAGGCAAGAGUGGCCCCACUCAAACCUGUCACGAUACCUCGACUUGAAUUGACCGCCGCCCUGGUAUCAGUAAAAGUAAGCGCCAUGCUGCAGAAAGAGAUGGACUACAUGAUAGACUCAGAGACAUUUUGGACCGACAGCAAGGUCGUCCUUGGUUACAUAGAGAAUGAGGCGCGAAGAUUUCAUGUAUUUGUGGCCAACCGGGUCCAAGAGAUACGAGACCACACAGAUCCAAAACAGUGGCGCCACGUCCCAGGGAUAGAAAACGUAGCUGAUGAAGCAUCUCGUGGCCUGAGAGCUGAGCAACUGGCGAAUGGUACUGCAGGUUGGCUCAAGGGACCACGUUUUUUAUGGCAACAGGAGCUACCCCCAAAGCCUACUCGAGACGCCGAGUCCACAUUGCAAAGCGACGAUCCUGAAGUUAGAAAGGUGCACACCUUGAAGACCACCAAGGUUAGUUUCGCAUCAACUGCAGAGAGAAUGUCCCGGUUCUCAUCCUGGUUCAAAGCCAAGUCCGCCGUCGCUACCUGUCUCAACUGUAGGAAACAUCUGCUCACCAGGUCAAGGAAACAAGAUGCAACUGUUGAAAAUGCACUGCGGUUGAAAGCUGAGGACAUAGAGGAAGCUGAGAAAGUAAUCAUCAAAGCAGUCCAAGCAGAGGCUUUUAGAGAUGAGAUUACCACCUUGAAGCAACUCCAGGCAGAAGACGUCACUGGGGGAGCGAGGCAUGGUAUUAAGGCCAGUUCACCGCUGUAUAGACUAGAUCCUUUCAUAGAUGAGGAAGGAAUCGUCAGAGUAGGAGGUCGAAUCGGGAAAGCAAAUUACGCCCUUGCCAUCAAACAUCCGGUCAUCUUGCCAAGAGUGUCCUCAACAUCUCGCUGA